CGAGCGAUGGCGAGCCUCUGCGAUGCGUUGCUGGCCGCCUGCCAAGAGAUGUCCGGCGCUCCAACCAUCUGCGGCGAGGUUUCUCCGUAGCCAUUUUGGCUAAAGGUCGUUUGAGUCUCACAACAGUCGACCUCACAUCAUUGCUCAAUUCGAGACCAAGGCACCAUGCAGAUCUUCGUGAAGACGCUGACGGGCAAGACCAUCACCCUGGAUGUGGAAGCCUCUGACACAAUCGACAACGUCAAGGCGAAGAUCCAGGACAAGGAGGGCAUCCCUCCGGACCAGCAGCGCCUGAUCUUCGCGGGGAAGCAGCUGGAGGACGGGCGCACGCUGUCUGACUAUAACAUCCAGAAAGAGUCCACGCUGCACCUCGUGCUGCGCCUGCGCGGAGGCAUGCAGAUCUUUGUGAAGACGCUGACGGGCAAGACUAUCACCCUGGAUGUGGAAGCCUCUGACACAAUCGACAACGUCAAGGCGAAGAUCCAGGAUAAGGAGGGCAUCCCUCCGGACCAGCAGCGCCUGAUCUUCGCGGGGAAGCAGCUGGAGGACGGGCGCACGCUGUCUGACUAUAACAUCCAGAAAGAGUCCACGCUGCACCUCGUGCUGCGCCUGCGCGGAGGCAUGCAGAUCUUCGUGAAGACGCUGACGGGCAAGACCAUCACCCUGGAUGUGGAAGCUUCAGACACAAUUGACAACGUCAAGGCCAAGGUCCAGGACAAGGAAGGCAUCCCUCUGGACCAGCAGCGCCUGAUCUUCCCUCUGACACUAUUGACAACGUGAAGGCGAAGAUCCAGGACAAGGAGGGCAUCCCUCCAGACCAGCAGCGCUUGAUCUUCGCGGGGAAGCAGCUGGAGGACGGGCGGACGCUGUCUGAUUAUAACAUCCAGAAAGAGUCGACGCUGCACCUCGUGCUGCGCCUGCGAGAGGCGAUGCAAUCGUCGUGAGACGCUGACGGGCCAAGACUAUCACCCUGGAUGUGGAAGCCUUCUGCACAAUCGACAACGUCAAUGCGAAGAUCCAGGACAAGGCGGGCAUCCCUCCGACCAGCAGCGCCUGAUCUUCGCGGGGAAGCAGCUGGAGGACGGGCGCACGCUGUCUGAUUAUAACAUCCAGAAAGAGUCCACGCUGCACCUCGUGCUGCGCCUGCGUGGAGGCAUGCAGAUAUUCGUGAAGACGCUGACUGGCAAGACCAUCACCCUGGAUGUGGAAGCCUCUGACACAAUUGACAACGUGAAGGCGAAGAUCCAGGACAAGGAGGGCAUCCCUCCGGACCAGCAGCGCCUGAUCUUCGCGGGGAAGCAGCUGGAGGACGGGCGCACGCUGUCUGACUAUAACAUCCAGAAAGAGUCCACGCUGCACCUCGUGCUGCGCCUGCGCGGGGGCAAGUAGUGCCUGCGACUUCUUUGGGCGUUCAGCAGACACACACAAGGUCAUAGACACAUAUACAUUAGUUUGGUGUUUUGUUUUUGGGCCUGUGACCGAGAACAAGUUUUUUGGGGUCAGGGAAACACGAGUGGGGAAACAUGACUUCACAAUCAGCGACAGAGCCAACACAGUAGAUGAUCCUACUGGAUUUCUGUGCUUCUCAUUCCAAAUAGUUCGGUCCAUAAGCGGCUCGUCUACAGGAACGGGUAGUGCAGCCAGCACGGAUCCACAGGCGCGUUUUUGCGCAUCUUUCAAUACGUGAACUGCUGCCGUUGGGCACCGCCUUGAUACAUGAGACACCACGCUGCGUUGCAUGGCCCGCUGCGUGUCGUGGUAGAAAAAAA